AUGAGAGAAGUUAUUUCAAUUCACGUCGGUCAAGGUGGUAUCCAAGUCGGUAACGCCUGUUGGGAAUUAUUCUGUCUUGAACACGGUAUCUAGCCUGAUGGUCAAAUGCCCUCUGAUAAGACUAUCGGUGGUGGUGAUGAUGCUUUCAACACCUUCUUCUCUGAAACUGGUGCCGGUAAGCACGUCCCCAGAGCUGUCUUCUUAGAUCUUGAACCCACUGUCAUCGAUGAAGUCAGAACUGGUACCUACAGACAAUUAUUCCACCCUGAAUAAUUGAUCUCCGGUAAGGAAGAUGCCGCUAACAACUUCGCCAGAGGUCACUACACCAUUGGUAAGGAAAUCGUCGAUCUCUGCUUAGACAGAAUCAGAAAGUUGGCUGAUAACUGUACUGGUCUCCAAGGUUUCUUAGUCUUCAACUCCGUCGGUGGUGGUACCGGUUCCGGUUUGGGUUCUCUCCUUUUGGAAAGACUCUCCGUCGAUUACGGUAAGAAAUCCAAGUUGGGCUUCACCAUCUAUCCCUCCCCCUAAGUCUCAACCGCCGUCGUUGAACCCUACAACUCCAUUCUUUCUACUCACUCUUUGUUAGAACACACUGAUGUCGCCGUUAUGCUCGAUAACGAAGCCAUCUAUGAUAUCUGCAGAAGAAACCUCGAUAUCGAAAGACCCACCUACACUAACUUGAACAGACUUAUUGCUUAAGUUAUCUCCUCUUUGACUGCCUCCCUCAGAUUCGAUGGUGCCCUUAACGUCGAUAUCACUGAAUUCUAAACUAACUUGGUCCCCUAUCCUAGAAUUCACUUUAUGCUUUCAUCUUAUGCUCCUAUCAUCUCCGCUGAAAAGGCUUAUCACGAAUAACUCUCCGUUGCUGAAAUCACCAACUCUGCCUUCGAACCCGCUAACAUGAUGGCUAAGUGUGAUCCCAGACACGGUAAGUACAUGGCUUGCUCUAUGAUGUACAGAGGUGAUGUCGUCCCCAAGGAUGUCAACGCUUCUAUUGCCACCAUCAAGACCAAGAGAACCAUCCAAUUCGUCGACUGGUGCCCCACUGGUUUCAAGGUCGGUAUUAACUAUCAACCCCCCACCGUCGUUCCCGGUGGUGAUCUUGCUAAGGUCAUGAGAGCUGUCUGUAUGAUUUCCAACUCUACUGCCAUCGCUGAAGUCUUCUCCAGACUUGACCACAAGUUCGAUCUUAUGUACGCCAAGAGAGCCUUCGUCCACUGGUACGUCGGUGAAGGUAUGGAAGAAGGUGAAUUCUCCGAAGCCAGAGAAGAUCUUGCCGCCCUCGAAAAGGAUUACGAAGAAGUCGGUAUUGAAACUGCUGAAGGUGAAGGUGAAGAAGAAGGUUACUGA